AUGCACGCUACUCGCAAGGCUCUGAGCUCUGUCAAACCUCUAAUGAUUGCAAAUCUUGUCGGCCACAUGGAUAACACCAACAUUACUCUCCACCCACAAACGCUAUGGUACAAUACACAUCCUCUGUUUUCAGUCGUUGAUGAUGCUGCUAUUUUCAUGGGCACUCUUGACUUUCUAUUCCUUCUUUCCUACUCUCUUGGUCUCUACGUAACCGGCUGGCUCGGUGAUCUUUUUGAUCCGCGAAACGUUCUUACUAGUGGGAUGUUUGGUGGAGCUGUUACAACCUUUUUAUUUGGAGUUCCACCACAAUGGGGCCGAUUUUACAAUCGAUAUUGGUAUGGGAUCUUGUGGUUCGCCAACGGCUUCCUUCAGGCUCCUGGGUGGCCAGCCGGUGUUUCCCUGGUUGCUCACUCCUUUCCGUCUGCUCGUGGUUUAGUUCUUGGUAUAUGGUCCACCUCAGCCGGGGUCGGCAACAUAAUUGGUGCUCUUCUCUCUUCUUCUGUCAUCGACUAUGGUUAUGAGUUCGUUUUCCUCACUACCGCAUGUCUUCUUGCUGGCACAAUUUUUAUUGUGUUUGCCGGAGUUCCUGCUGGAAUUGUCAAAGCACACAAGUCCGAACAAAUUACCGAAAAUGGUGGUCAUGUUCCUCUGUAUCAUGUGCUUUGUCUUCCAGAACUAGUAUGCUAUGCAAUGGCUUAUGCCGGUCUUAAACUUGUGAACUACUCAUUCUUCUUCUGGCUACCAUUCUAUCUUCACAACAGAUUUGACUGGGAUGCCGGAGCUGCGUCUGCUCUCUCAGCGUUCUAUGACCUCGGUGGAUUGUUUGGUGGAAUUGUCGGCGGUGGAAUUUCGGAUCUAUCUUGUGUAUCGCGAAAUUGGGUCAAUAUAGCAUUCCUAAUGCUCUGUGUGCCCUGUCUCCUUGUUUAUCGCAACACACCCGGCACUUCGUGGGCCUUGAACGGCUUCGUUAUGGGAUUGACAGGCUUCAUGAUCGCUGGACCCGCGAAUUUGUUAUCAGCUGUGGUAGGGACAGAUUUGGCAACUUUACCACAGCUUCGAGGAAGGCGAGUUUUAUCAACUAUGACGGGAUUCAUUGAUGGAACGGGCAGCUUGGGAGCUGCAGUAGGCCAAAUUUUGGUGCCUGUUCUGCAGGCCAAGUUGGGUUGGGAUUGGGUCUUUUAUCUCUUUCUCGUAUGUUGCAUUCUGACUCUUCUCUUUGUUACUAUUCCAUUAUUUAUUCAUCGGAUUUCAAGUCGAUACAAUAUCGUGGAGGAACUUGCGCCCAUUGCUGAGGAUGAGUAA